AUGACAAUAAAAAAUAGACAAAAUUUACAAUUAUUUCCUUUUCAUUUAGUAGCUUUUUCACCAUGACCAUUAUUAAUAUCAUUAUCAUUAAUGUCAUUAGCUUUAACAUUAGGAUUAACAAUGCAUAAUUAUAUAACAAAUUUAUUUUGAUUAUAUUUAGCAUUAGGAUUAGUAUUAAGUUCAAUAUUUUUAUGAACUAGAGAUAUUGUAAUAGAAGGUACAUAUUUAGGAGACCAUACAAUAGCAGUUAGAAGAGGAUUAAAUAUCGGAUUUAUGUUAUUUGUAUUAUCUGAAAUAUUAAUAUUUGCUUCAUUAUUUUGAGCAUACUUUCAUUCAGCUAUGGGUCCAACAAUUGAAUUAGGUGCGACAUGACCACCAGUAGGAAUUCAAUCAAUAAAACCAACAGAAUUACCAUUAUUAAAUACAAUAAUAUUAUUAGCAAGUGGUGCAUCAGUAACAUGAGCACAUCAUGCAAUAUUAUAUAAAAAUAGACAAGCAACAUUAGUAGGUUUAUUUAUAACAACAGCAUUAAUAAUAAUAUUUGUAUUAUGUCAAGUAUUAGAAUAUACAUUUGCAACAUUUACAAUAUCAGAUAGUGUAUAUGGUUCAGUAUUUUAUGCUGCAACAGGAUUACAUUUUUUACAUAUGGUAAUGUUAGCAUUAAUGUUAUUAGUAUGUUAUUUUAGAAUGUAUUUCUAUCAUUUUACUAACACUCACCAUUUAAAUUUAGAAACAACAAUAUUAUAUUUACAUAUAUUAGAUAUAAUCUGAUUAUUUUUAUAUAUUGUAUUCUAUUGAUGAGGAAGUUAA